AUGAGUGCUGGGACGCGGAGGGCGCAGAAGGAUUUGGUGAAGGCCUUGACGAUCCAAGCGAUGCUGCCAUUUGGCAUGCUUUACGGUUCCUCUUGUUUUAUGUGGAGACAAAUGGAGCUACCAUACUCCCACUACGUACCCUUCUUCGAGGAGUUGGUCAUCACCAUGUCGAUCGUCACCUCAGCUUCCCCGUGCAUUACACUAUAUUAUGUACGCCCGUAUCGGCAUCGCCUCCAAAAAAUCCUGCGCUGCAAGAGCCGCGCGGAAAAGUUCCCAAGUGAACACCGAGGCGUCGGCCCACGUCAC